UGCUUGUGAAUGAAGCAGGGUUUAAAUUCAAGCAGCAAAUGAACUUUCUCCAAGGAAGAAACAGCAAAGACACGAUCACGCAUCCUUUUGCAUCAAAAUUUUACUGGCAAUCAGCAUCCUGGUUUCUAAUUCUUAAAGAGGGAAAGGUAUCCAUAUCUUGGAAUACAACAUGAAGGCUGCUUUCCUGUUUUUCUGUAUUUUGGGACUAGCCUGUGCUUCUCCUUAUUCUCGUCCUCGUCGCAAUCUGAAUUUAGAUCACUCUAAAGAAAAUGGAGUUGAUAGUGCGUCAUCUGAAGAUGCUGUGCAAAAUGACUCAAACAAGGUUGACUCACAUGAAGACGGUAAUGGUCAUAGCAGUGAGGAUUCUGGGGUUACUGUUGAUUCAAAAAGCACUGAAGAUCAUUCAAACGAAAAAGCAGAUCCAGUGUCCACUGAGACUGUAGAGGAAGAUUCUCAUGAAGAUGGGGACGCAGCAACUGAUGACAAUGUCAGAAGUCUAGUGGGUGUGCAGAAGAGUGGUGCUGAUGGUGAUGACAGUACUGGUCAUGAUGACAGAAGUGCUUCCGAAGACGAUGGUAAUCGCUAUUAUUAUGUCAGUAAUGGCGAUGGUGCUAACGGCCAAGAAGAUGCUACAGAUACAACAGAUGACAGCAAUGAAAGUGAUGUUCAUGGUGAUGUCAAUGGUGGUAAUGGAGGAGAUAGCCAUGAAGAUAAUGUUAACAGCAAGGCUGAUGAUGAUGAUGAUGAUGAUGCUAAUGGUGCUCAACAGGACAAUGAUGCUGAUAGUAAUGAGAGUGGUCCUGCAGCAGAUAGUCAUGCAGAACUUGAUAACGACAGCCAUGUAGACCAAGAUGACAACGAUCCUCACAGUAUUGAAAAUGUAAGUCACCAUGGCAGCCAGAGUCAUGAAGACCAAGAAGACAACAAUCCUCACAGUAUUGAAAAUGUAAGUCACCAUGGCAGCCAGAGUCAUGAAGACCAAGAAGACAACGAUCCUCACAGUAUUGAAAAUGUAAGUCACCAUGGCAGCCAAAGUCAUGAAGACCCAGAAGACAACGAUCCUCACAGUAUUGAAAAUGUAAGUCACCAUGACAGCCAGAGUCAUGAAGAAGAUGAUAAUCAGAGCCUUACCUCUGAAGGACAUGAUGAGUAAAUAGUGUGGCUGGGACUCAUCCCUUAAACAGACUGCAUACAUUUUUACACUUUACAAAACUAUUGGCUUUGAAAAGACACGACACAUCUGCAGGGGCAGAGCCAUCUUAAGGCCAGAUAUUAUGAAACUCAGAUGUGGGAUUAACUUAUUGUAUGAAUGUUCAGGUUCUUUUCAUAGGCCAAAUAUACAUAUUUGAUAUUGAUUAGCUGCUCUAACUUCCUUGAAAGUAACUGAUUCAAACAGGAGAAUGCCUUAAUGCAUUUCUUUUUUUAUUAUAAAUCUAAUGACUAUGAAGAAUGAACGUGUAAAUAAGAUUUAGAAAAUAAGAUUUAUUAAAUAAAAUGUCAUUCUUGUGAAAUAAAUGGCAGUUUGUCAUGAACUGUAAA